UCUGCCAGCAAUAAUUCCUCCCAGUGCACCGAAUGGAGUUCAUGAUUCCAAUCGGAAGAAAUGGACCACAAGUAAUGAAUACAUGGAAGAACUAUCCUGCCAGAUAGCUGAUUUCCCGGAAGCUAAUGCGACAACAGACUCAUACAAUCACAGCCAGGCGAUUGACCAAGACCAAAAUGACGUCAUCCAAGUUGCAGUUUUCGCCACCAGCAUGGUCAUAGCAGGGCUGGGCCUGCUUGGCAACGGCCUGGUGAUCGGACUCUUCUUCCUCAACUGGAGCCUCACUCGCACCCUGACCAGCCUGUACAUCUUCCACCAGUCUGUCAUCGAUUUCGUCAGCUCGGCCAUGUUCGCCGCCCUCCAACUGGACCGGUGGAAGCCCCUCCUCGCUGUCGAGGGGUGGGUGGGCGUGGUCUCCUGCAAGGUGUGGUAUUCCAAGGCCCUCUUCUGGUCCCUCCUUCACAUCUCCACCAUCAACCUGGUUCUGGUGACCCUGGAGCGCUACGUUUCGGUCCUGCACCCGAUCUUCCGCCGGAACCACUUCACUAGACGCAAGGCCAAGUUGACCAUGCUCCUGGCCUGGCUGGUCGGUCUCUCUUACCAGUCCUACUGGGUGGUGGUUUCGCAGAAUGACCAGGGUCGUUGCUACCAGGAGUUCCCUAGCGAUGUCAUCCGGAACCUCUUCGGUGGGCUGACCUUCCUGGUGGAAUACCUCAUCCCUUUGUCCAUCAUGUCCUUCGCCUAUGUGCGCAUCAUCUCUCGGCUCAAGAAACUCUCAAAGUAUGGCGACCGAUCCGCCAGAUCGUCUUUGUCUCCUCGGAAACGAGCUCCUUCAUCAAAUAGCCCAGUUGGGUUACGCGAUCGUCGCCGCUCCGGUCCCACCCAACUCAUGCUGGUCAAGGCUCGCCGCAACGUUACCAAGACCCUGUGCCUCGUCUUCGCCACCUACGUCAUCUGUUGGACCCCGGUGGAGAUCGAGUACAUCGUGUACAGCGCUGGGUUCCUCAAGAACCAAAGCAUCCCGGAACUCCGCGCCACCAAGGUGUUGGUCAUGUGUAACAUGUGCGCUAACCCGUUCAUCUACGCGGCCAAGUACCGGGAGUUUCAAGAGGCGGCGCGCCGCACGUGGAACCGACUCCAGUGCCGGGAGUUCUCCACGGCCCCCUAUCCUCCGUCCCCCUCAGUUUAACAAGAAGAUGGAAAACAAUCAACCCCGGUAUUUCGAAUGCGUAUGUGUAUCUCCAGAUUUCACGAUUUAAACUCCAGAACGAACAUACCACCUCAAAGAGUUCGAAAUCUUCGAAGUCACCAUGCAAUCCGACGGAACGUUGUAGUUCUGCAUUGUGUACACAAUGUCUGACUUGAAAUUGCACUGCACGUUGACAGUCGUAUGUAUUCUAAAACAGGAACGGUUUUUGUAUGUCAUCUUUCCUACAGACUUUGUAUAUUUUGUAUCCUGUGUCUCAAAGUUGAGAUCGGCCCAAAGCUUACCAGUACCCGUAGAGAAUUCAGUGUAAAUUAAGUAAAUUUAAAACGCAUGAUAUAUUUUUGCAUUUCGGUGUCAUGCUGAAAAAGAAAAUAUUUGUUUGUUCCGUUAAUGACGCUAAGAUAUCUAAUUACUUUGAGCUUGAAGGGAAAACUUUUACGUUCAAACAAUUCGCAUAAAAUGAUAUAUUGAUGGUAUAAUGCCGUUUUAAAGGCUGCAACGAUGACAAUGCCUUAAAUAGUACUUUUUAUUUUCUUUGGGCGCUUUAAUUUUUCGUUUUAGGAUUUGUGCUGAAAAGAUACCACAGACGGCUAAAUUACAACGCAAAAAAUAAAGAUAUUUAUGUAUAAAAUUAUAUAUAACUUCAUUCCUUGUUUCAUAAAUAAAUGCACAUGCACAGUUUGUAAUGUUAACUUGUUAUUUAACAAACACAAGAGUUUUAAAACACGAAGAACAUGCUCAUGGAAAAUAUUUUCUGAUUUUCAAAUAUGUUGCGUUUGAAGUCCUCGUGUGAAUGGGGUUGCUGUCGUGGAUGCAAAAGGACUCGAGUAAUAAUGCUCCAAAUUAGUGAAUUUAUUUUUUUAAAGAAAUCUGAUAUUAGAUCACAAGGCAAACGAACUGAGAAAAAAACUUGUCAUGAUCGGUCUCCUUUUGAAUACUUGGUUUGUUAACAUUCAACAUGAAGUUAUUCAAGUCAUGCAACAGUGGAGAUCGGUACGUAGAAAAAGGAAAAGAAAAAUUGUGGAAUUUACUUUGGAAUUGUGAUGCGUUAAUUUUAGGAAGCCGGGG